GGACAGACGCUGAUAUGCUGGUUAACGGAGCGUAAAUUUCCGGUAUCCAGUGUCUGGAUUUUCAGGUUGACUGUGUGUGUGUGUGUGCGUGUGUUUGUGAGUGUGAGUGAGUUGCACGCCCAUGUGAGAGUGUCACAGAGUUUGUGGUGUGUGUGUUUGUAAACGUUCCCAGCUCGGAAACUGUCACCACUUUGCACCGCAGGCGAGCUCCGCGUUCCUACAUGCAAGUUACCGUCGCGGCUCCCCAACCGUUGCCCCGCGAUGACCGAAACCCCCGCGAGCAAACCAGCCAAUGGUGAAGUAUGUCAACGACAUGCGAAGAACGGACUUAAACCGGAGAGGAACGGCUUCGUGAAGAGCCUCCACUGCAGCCACGAGCGGCCGCCCAAGCAGCACCGCCUCCCGGACGAAGAGGAGAUCCAUACAACGACACAUCAUGGCAGCUUGUACAACCGGCCGUUCAUCGAGUCGUUUGAAGAAACCCCCAUGCUGGUGGCGGUCCUCACCUACAUGGGCUAUGGCAUCCUCACCAUCUUUGGCUACCUUCGCGACUUCUUCCGUCAUUGGAAGAUUGAAAAGUGCCACAUCGCCAGGGAGAGGGAGGAACAAAAGGACUUUGUGCCACUUUACCAGGACUUUGAGAACUUUUACACCAGGAACCUUUACAUGCGGAUAAGAGACAACUGGAACAGGCCCAUAUGCAGUGUCCCAGGAGCCAAGAUGGACCUCAUGGAGCGGACCUCUCACGACUACAACUGGACUUUUGAGUACACAGGUCGGGUCAUGCGGGAUGUGAUAAACUUGGGCUCGUAUAAUUACCUCGGCUUCGCUGAGAGUACAGGUCGGUGUGCUAACGCUGCAGCUGAGGUUGCCAUGACAUACGGUGUCGGAGUCGCCAGCACCAGGCAGGAGAUUGGUAACCUGGACAGACACGAAGAGUUGGAGAAACUGGUGGCUAAGUUCCUCGGUGUGGAGUCAGCCAUGGCGUUUGGGAUGGGGUUUGCAACCAACUCCAUGAACAUACCAGCACUUGCUGGGAAGGGAUGCCUGAUUCUGAGUGAUGAGCUAAACCAUGCCUCUCUGGUUCUGGGAGCCAGACUCUCCGGGUCCACCAUCAGAGUCUUCAAGCACAACAAUAUGCAGAGCCUUGAGAAAAUGCUGAGAGAAAGUAUCGUUCAUGGCCAGCCAAUGACUCACAGACCGUGGAAGAAGGUCCUCAUUGUAGUGGAGGGCAUUUACAGCAUGGAGGGCAGUAUUGUGCGCCUGCCAGAGAUUAUUGCUCUGAAGAAGCGCUACAAGGCCUACCUUUACCUAGAUGAAGCCCAUAGCAUAGGGGCUCUUGGUGAACGAGGAAGAGGGGUGGUGGAUUACUUCAAUCUUGACCCAAGUGAUGUGGAUGUUAUGAUGGGCACCUUUACCAAAAGCUUCGGAGCUGCAGGGGGAUACAUCGCAGGGAAAAAGGAGCUUAUCGAGUACCUGCGCUCCCAUUCCCACAGUGCAGUUUAUGCCACCUCCAUGUCUCCUCCUGUGGUGGAGCAAAUCAUCACUUCUAUGAAGUGUAUUAUGGGAGAGGAUGGAACGACGAUGGGUUGUGAACGUGUGCGGCAGCUGGCAGAGAACACAGUCUACUUCCGCAAGCGGCUUCGAGAAAUGGGUUUCAUCAUCUAUGGUAACAACGACUCUCCUGUCGUUCCACUGAUGCUCUACAUGCCUACCAAGAUAGGAGCGUUUGGCAGGGAGAUGUUGAAGAGGAACGUCGGGGUGGUGGUCGUGGGCUUCCCAGCUACACCCAUCAUCGAGUCGCGGGCACGGUUCUGCAUCUCUGCGGCCCACUCAAAAGACAUUCUCGACAGGGCUCUGAGUGCCAUCAGCGAGGUAGGAGACCUUCUUCAACUCAAGUACUCCCGUCACAGGAUACAGCCGUCUUCGGCGCGGCCUUUUGACGAUGGCGUGUUUGAGGACAUUGAUGACUGAUGAACCACUCCUCUGCUAAAGUGGUGUGAACCGGAACAGCCACAGAGAAUACAGGUCAAGAUGCAUCACAGGUCUUCCACGAGGACAUCGCUGUGCGUACACACCCCAUCAUUAGCUUGCCAUAACAUUACCUCACAACAAAUGGAAAACCACCAUCGGAUUCUGCUUUGAUUUACUUGUUAAACACACUGAAAACAGCACCACUGCUUUGUCCUGUGUUUUUUAUUUAUUUAUUUUUAUUCUGUCUGAACCUUUUUACUUUUGUUGCACAUUUUGUGUUAAGUAUUUGUUAAGCCUUGUUGCAACAUGUGAGGCAAACGUCAGCUUUACAAAUGUAAAAAGUAACCGCUGGGAUUUUUUUCAAAACAGGAAUCUUAAGUAAACUUAAUUGGAUAAAAUUACGCUAUUAAAGACACAUUUUUUUUUUAAUCUAGCACCAUUGAAAUCAUUGAUUAUCACAAUAGACAGACCACACAAGUUGCCUGUUUGCCAGAAAUCUCUCAUAUUAAGGCGUCAUUUACAGAGGUUUUGUCUGAUUUUUAAAAAUCGAAUCAUCAUAUCAUUCUGUGGGGGGGUUUCAGAGAAAAAUGGCAAGAAUUUUGGAAGCUAAUAGUUCCCCUCUACCAAUCUAGAUUAGAUCAGGUUUGUUCAUGUCUGUGAAUUGAAAGCUAACUCUGAAAAGCACUCCCAGCCUCCUCUAAAUCUACAAAUUAUUUCUAACAUUUCAAUUGUUCCCAUGGAAUCACUAAACCUGAAUUAGAUGGUAAUUAUCUGAGUUUAAAGGUGUUUAAAACCAGCUCCAUGUUCCAGUCUUUAAGCUAAGCUAACUGCCUGCUACCUCUUCAUAUCUAGAACAGACACAAGAGGUACCGGCUAUCUUGUGAAGUCAACAUCCAAUCAAAUGACAUUAAUGACAUUGCUUCUUAACUCUGUUAAAGUCAUGGCAUUUUUUUUAAAUGGAAAAACUUUGUUGUGACUAGUUUCAUUGAGGUGUUUUCUUUCUACCAAACUAACCACUGCAUCCCUGCUGGAGGCAGCGUGAUGACCGCCACCUGCAGUUCAAUAACUCUGUUAAUAAGGAUAAGACUCUGCUCCCAUCUGCAUAAGACAUCACGUUUACAUUAGAUCACGCUCUCAGGGGCGGGAAUAAAGUAGAUGAAUACUUAUUUCUGUGCAUGAUCCUUUAGUCUGACUGGCUCGGUAUGAAGACAAUAGAUCUGACCAUUCAAAACAAGAUUUGUGUUUACUUUGUUAAUGGGGAUUUCUGCUCUGAGUUAUUUCUGCUUGAGGCACCAACAAACCAAUGUAAUUUCAUUCUUUCAUAGUUAAUUUCUCCUUUAAAUGUCUACAGCCCGCCUACAGUGUACCGAAUGACUUAUCUUAUUGGUUUUCCAUGAAAACAUAAAGGUAAUGCUUGUGAACUUUAUUUUCCUCGGCUGGCUCCAGCUCUGAGUCAGUACAGCUGUGCCAAAGUGGAAAUGGAUGUUUCAUAAGUAAAAUUAUCCAUGAAAUCCUCCAGCUUAAGUAUCUCUACUCUAGCUGGAAGAAUGAAAAUGUUUGUAGUUGCAGACAAAUAAGCAGCGACAUAUUAGCAGUGAUGGAAUUAGCACAGAACAAGUAAGUAGUACUCCACUUAAUCCAAAUGACCUGCUGUUUACUAUAAAGAAAGAGGGGGAAAUUUGCAUCUUUAUGAAAAAGUUUAA